UCCAUCUCUCUCCCUCUCUCGAUUUUUACAGUAGCUGUAGAAUCCCAGAAACUGAUAGCCUUUGUUCUGUUUCUUUCCUCAUCAUCGUUUUCCCGAGAAAUCGAUCUCAAGAGGAAAGAAAGUUCCUUUUUUUGGUCAUACUAAAGUUGUGUAGAAGAUAAGAGAAAGCUUUCGCGUCGAUUUUCUCCUUUUACUCGAGCUGAAAGCCUGAAAGCCGGUUUCGUGAAUUUUCUCUCGUUUUCUGUAACUUUCUCGGGAAAAUUUACAGAGUAAGGGGGCAGGAAAAUAAGAGAAUUGAAUAACGACAAGAGUCUCCCCAUUACUCUUAUCCGUAUACAUCAUCACUUUCUUUUUCUCAGUUUAUUUCAUCCAAUAUCUUCCUUCACUUUCCCGAGAACGUUUCGAGAAGAAACGACGUAAGAUAGAGAAAUCCCGGAAAAAAACCCGACCCAGAAAGCCAAACUCAACUUUCUAUCCUUUCCCGUGAUUCUCCCGAGGAAACAAAAGCAAAAACGAACCUGAGAAAUGCUGAGCGGAGGAAAUGGGUCCGUUUGGAUGGAAGACAAAGACGAAAACGAGGAAUCUGCUUCAUGGGCAAGAGCCAACAACAAGGACAAUGGUGGAAACAGAGAGGAGAUGAACUCUCUGGCGAAUUUCAAAUCUAUGCUCGAGGUUGAAGACGAGUGGUACCUACCAUUCUCGCCGAAUCUCGGUGACCCAGAGAAUCUUCUGCUCCAAGCCGUGGAUUCUUCGUCGUCAUGCUCUCCAUCGUCAUCUGUUUUCAACAAUCUCGCAGACCCAUCUUCUCAGGGACAGUUCAUCAUGGCGCCGAAACCCACAAUCUCCUCUCUCCUAGCCGUCGUCUCUAACAACCCUUUAGACCCAUCAUUCGAUUUGAGCGAACUAGGGUUUCUAGGUAGUCAAAACCUCGCAACAGGAGCUUCUCAGAAUCUGGAGAACAGGGUACUGGGAAAUUUCGGUGACUUGGGUUCCAACAAUCUGGGCUUAACCAGUUUCCGCUCCGCCAGUCAGUUCCCAGGUUCCCGGAUGAUCCAAUUCCCGGAAUCUGGAUCUGGGUUCUCGGGAUUUCGAGGUUUCGAUGAGAAUGGUGGGGAUGCUUUGUUCAUGAACAGGUCUAAGUUGCUAAGACCGCUCGAGACAUUCCCUUCUGUGGGAGCACAACCGACCCUGUUUCAGAAGAGAGCUGCUGCUUUGAGGAAGAAUCUUGCAGAAACUGGAGGCAGUUCGGCGACAUUGGGCGUGUCGGUGGGAUCUGUUGAAAGGGACAAAGGGAAGAAGAAGAUGGGGAAGGAGAUGGAGAAGAAGAGGAAAAUCAGCAACAUUGACGAUUUGGAUGAAUUCAGCUGUGGUGAUGCUUCUGCUCUGAACUAUGAUUCUGAUGAAAUCAUGGAGAAUAUUAACAGGGUCAAGGAGAUUGGCAAGAAUGGUGGGAACAACUCGAAUGGGAAUAGUACAGUGACAGGAGAAGGAGAUCACAAGGGGAAGAAGAAAGGAUUGCCGGCCAAGAAUCUAAUGGCGGAGAGACGGAGGAGGAAGAAACUCAAUGACAGGCUCUAUAUGCUCAGAUCUGUUGUCCCAAAGAUCAGCAAAAUGGAUAGAGCAUCGAUACUCGGAGACGCAAUAGAAUACCUGAAGGAACUUCUGAAGAAGAUCAACGAUCUCCACAACGAGCUGGAAACAUCGACGCCUUCUUCACUCACAACGAGCUUUCACCCUCUAACUCCGACACCAGCUACUCUGCCUACUCAUGUCAAGGAUGAGAUCGGGCCUCGACCCUUGCCUCCCCUCACUGCUACUAAUAAUGCUAACCCUCACCCUGCAAGGGUGGAGGUGAGGGCAAGGGAAGGGAGAGGAGUGAACAUACACAUGUACUGGGGAAGAAGACCUGGUCUUCUCCUCUCCACAAUGAGGGCUUUGGACAACCUUGGACUUGACAUCCAACAAGCUGUCAUUAGCUGCUUCAAUGGCUUCUCCAUGGACAUAUUUCGCGCCGAGCAAUGCAAGGAAGAAGAUGUUCAUCCUGAUCAGAUCAAAGCUGUUCUCUUGGAUUCUGCUGGCUUCCAUGGCGUCUUGUGAGAAUUGCGAAAAGUUAAGUGUCGGAGGAAAAAGACUUGUGCCUUUGUCGUUUGUUUUUUUUUACAGUGGAAAAUGGUUUAAAAAAAAAUUGUACCCUUGUGGUUGGUUUUAGUGGACCCAUGAUUUUUAGUUAUUUUUUUAUAUUUUAAGCA